AGCUCCGUGCGUGUGAACAGUAGAGCUGUGCUGUUGUGUUUUUGUAUAACUAACACUAAAUAAUGUUCAAUAUUCGGAAUUAUUUGAAGUCCCGUGACGUUCUGCGCGUUCCAAACCCCCAGUGGAAGACAAAAGGCGGACCUCCUUCUUGCUAUGCUAACAGAGGUUAGCUUAGCUUAGCUACGAGCUAAUUACCUGUCAGCAGCCAUUGCCAGAUACUUUGCUACAUAAAGAAGAAUGAAUAGAAUAUAAGAACGACGGGUUAAGUGUCUCUUAAAAUUCUCGGUAACAUUGUUUUUUGUUUUUUUUACCACCGUGACAUCAUCAUCAUCAUCAUCCCCACCUGCAGCUAAUUAGCGUCAUCAACGCCGUGGCCUUCAGGAGCUUCUGUGGACCACACGUGGACGCCCCCACCGGGGAAAGGAACCUCCUGGAGAUUUCGGAGGGAGACAAUGACGGUCGGACGACACACUGUGAAGAGGUAGGAAGACUAUGAUCAGCAAUGAGGAUUGUGACGUAAGCAGCAAGUUGGUGAUCACCUCAGUGGCCCUUCAGGAUCACAUCAGAAGGAACCUUCUAGAGCCCGAGUUCUUGCUUUCUGACCCCCUGCUGAAGUACAGAAGCAAAACACCUUCAAGGCAGAGAGGGAAGCAAAAGGAUGUGCAGAGAGCAGAACUUCCAGAGGAGCGAGAAUAUGUACUUGGUCCUCCUCCACCUCCUCCAACGUUGGCUCAGAGGAUGGGCUUGGUGGCCCCGCCUGCGGGCAGGCUGAGCGAGGACCAGUGGACGCGGGUGAAGACCAGGUCACUCCAGCAGCGGGAGUCCGAGCAGCCUUGUUCAAUAUGCAGAGAGGCUUUCUGCCUUCAGCCUCAGGUGCUGCAGUCCUGCUCCCACGUCUUCCACAAAGCAUGUCUGCAGGCCUUCGAGAAGUUCUCCGGGAGGAAGUGCUGCCCGAUGUGCAGGAGGGAGCAGUACGAAACGCGCGUGAUCCACGAUGCUGCGCGCCUCUUUCGCAACCAGUGUGCCGCCAGAAUCCAGGCUUUCUGGCGAGGCUACAUUGCACGGAAGUGGUACAGGAAUAUUCGGAGAAACGUCUGCCCAAAAGACAAGCGUCUGCGCCGUAAAUUCUAUGCAGCAAAGCUGCUGGAGCUGAACGAGAGCUUUGUGCGACACCAUCAUACCGACGUGGAGGCUUUUCUUAGCGAUAUCGACCGCUUGCUGUCAUCGAGCCGGCGAGUGUUCCAGCAGCUGGAGAGAAAGUACGUGUCGGAGCCUCAGGAGGACGACUGGGAGCGCAUACGCAGUCAGGUGACCCAGCGGGGUACCGGCGACUGUGCCAUCUGCCUGACGGGGCUGUGCGGGCCCGACUUCAGCCUCCAUCAAGGGAGACGCUCAGUGAUGUUGUCCUGCUCGCACAUUUUCCACCAGCGCUGUUUGGAUGCCUUUGAGUCCUUCGCUGUGGCUGGUAGAGCCACAUGCCCUCUCUGCAGGUCCACGUACUACAAAAAGCUCAUCUGAACCAGAUCCUGCAAAUCCCUCCGACUCCAAGAAGAAAUAGGCAAAGGGCAUCAGGACAAAGAGGCAAAGGUUGGAGAAGAGGGACACCAGAUUCCACAGACCUGGACAAAGUACAUUAUUGACCAAGUUAUUACAACAUUUCUCCAGGGUUUCAGUUCAAUGUUUUCAGAGCUGACAGGCAAGGCUUUCACUUUGGAAGAAGACUAGCCUCACUAUGUGAUGGACUCUAACGCCCUCCGGUGGCUAAAGUAACACAGCACAACAACAUGGUGUUGCUUUGGCUUCGCUCUGGUUAUGCUGCAUUCAUGAACCCUAUCAAGUCAAGAAUAUCACACUAAGAGUUGAAAACUUUACAAUAAUUAUCUGGAGACAAUUAUUAUUUACUUGGUUUCAGAAUAGAUGAUUUGGCUCUCAUACUAUUGGUAACCACAAAGUACAAACAUAUCACAGCAUCAGAUUCAUAGAGGUUCAUUUGCACUAGUCGUCCCUCGUCUAAUUAGCUUGGAAGGUUGGUUUUACUUUUUUUUUAAUCACAUCCUAUGUAUUUCUAGACAAAAUUAAGCAUUUUCCGGCAUAAAAAUUCCUAAACUAACUAAAAAUAUAUUUCAGUAAUAUGAGACAUCGUACGUUAAUCACAAUACUGAUUUUGGCUGCUACCAUUCAACAAGGGUGAUCAUUGGCGAUAUUAAUACUGGGCUCCGCUGUAUAUCAAAUCAUGAAGACCCGUGAAGUGGCUCCCAACUACGCCUGACGCCAUUGUGUAUAGUCACAGAGCUCCAUGACCACGCCGAACGACUUUAACUGGGCUUUACCCAGGCGGCUGUGGCCAGUCACUUCGUUUUACUUCUGUAGAGUCCUCAGCAUGCGUUAAGGACUGCACCACUGUUAUUAAUUAUUAUUUUAUUAAAUGGUGACGGGUGUGGACUAGGGAUGGGAAGCGAAAACCUGUUCUUGUUCAAAACCGGUUCCCAGUGUAUCAAUUAGUUUCAGCUUGUAAAUCUAAACACACCUUUGCAUGGUAUAUUUUCUAGGCGGAUUACAAAGAUUUUUUAAGUUUUUAGUUUUUAAAAAUGUUACGAAUAGUCACAUUAUUGUGUAAUUCCCACAUAUAUUUGAUUUUGUUAAUUUCUACAGAAAAUUGUAUUUUAAUUUAUGUUCAAAAGUUUUUUUAUGCUAUGUGCCUCUUAAGAUCUCACUGUUGGCUUUGUAAGGUCAUGUUAGCUCUAAAAUAAACAAAAUU